UCGAAGGCAGCGCCGAGGUCCGCUCAGGGUGCUCCCCGAGUCUGCUACGUGCCAGCCAGGUCCGCUCGGCGUGCUCCCCAUUCCUACUCGCACGGGCAGCUCUUCCCUUCGGUUCGGCUUCUCCACCUCCCUCCACCGACUGCCGCCAUGGAAGCCAUCAAGAAGAAGAUGCAGAUGCUCAAGCUGGAUAAGGAGAACGCCUUGGACCGGGCAGAGCAGGCUGAGGCGGAGCAGAAGCAGGCGGAAGAGAGGAGCAAGCAGCUGGAGGAUGAAUUAGCCGCCAUGCAGAAGAAGCUGAAGGGGACGGAGGACGAGCUGGACAAAUAUUCAGAGGCUCUCAAAGAUGCGCAGGAGAAGCUGGAGUUGGCGGAGAAGAAGGCGGCUGACGCUGAGGCAGAAGUAGCAUCCUUGAACCGCCGCAUUCAGCUCGUGGAGGAGGAGUUGGACCGGGCCCAGGAGCGCCUCGCGACAGCCUUGCAGAAGUUGGAGGAAGCCGAGAAAGCUGCAGAUGAGAGUGAAAGAGGCAUGAAGGUAAUUGAGAACAGAGCCCUGAAAGAUGAAGAGAAGAUGGAGCUGCAGGAGAUCCAGCUGAAGGAGGCCAAGCACAUCGCUGAGGAGGCCGACAGGAAGUACGAGGAGGUUGCCCGGAAGCUGGUCAUCAUCGAAGGUGAUCUGGAGCGUACAGAGGAGAGAGCUGAGCUGGCAGAAUCCCGUUGCCGGGACCAGGAUGAGCAGAUCCGGUUGAUGGACCAAAACUUGAAGUUCCUUGCUCAGGCUGAAGAAAAGUACUCUCAAAAAGAGGAUAAAUAUGAAGAGGAGAUCAAGAUCUUGACCGACAAACUCAAGGAGGCUGAGACCCGUGCCGAGUUUGCUGAGCGGUCAGUAGCCAAGCUGGAGAAGACCAUUGAUGACUUGGAAGAUAAACUGAAAUGCACCAAAGAAGAGCACCUCUGCACGCAACGGAUGUUGGACCAGACUCUGCUUGACCUGAACGACAUGUAAAAGACCCCGCCCGCCCGCCCACCAGCCUCACCCUGGCUCCCCCACCCACCCCACUGCCUUUUUUUUAGCCAAUCCAGCGGGCAGCUUCCUGCUGGGGCCGGCUCCGUCUUAAAAAGAAAGAAAAGUUGACCUGUAACCCUUGAAAGGGUCAAAGGUUAACCUUCCAGCUCUCGUUGCCAACUUAACCAAAAGCCUCUGCCAAUCCACCUCCUCUCUUAUCUUCUCUCCAGUCCCUCCACCCCACCCCACCCCAAUGAUUAUGGGUCCAUCAGACCGGGCAGUUGCCAGCAGCAUCACGAAACGAAAACCCGGCAUGCAACAUGAUAUUCCCGGGGGGGGGGGGGGCUGUCUGAUGUGUACAUUCCUUUGCAAUCGUGGGGGGAGAGGGUAAUUCUUUUGCAGUGGGGAAGUAAAACACCCCUUGCGAGGAACAUUGUGUGUAACACCUAGGGCUCACAAGCUUGUGGGUUUUUAGAGGUCUGCGGUUUCACCUCCUUGACCUGCCUUUUUUUUUUUUUUUUUUUGCUUGCCAGGUUUUGGGGGGGCGGGGUUUGGUUGGAACGGGACAGCUCUGCAGCCUGUGGAAAGGUUGCAAAUGUCCUGCCUGAGCCAGAUGAAUGAAAAAGCCUCAUGGAAUUUAUUGAGGGGGACAGGAACAUGGCCUCUGUACAAAGAAAUCCCCCUUUAAAAAAAUUUUUUAUGGGGGUGGGGAGUACCUAGAAAUUCUUUGCUUCUGGCAGAGGUAUGAGGUGUCCGUGUGUGUGUGUGUGUUGCCAAAAUGGUGCAGUCUUAACACACUCUCUUGUGCUUUAUAGCUAUUUCUAGUUUGGGGAACACAACUAUAUCAAAAUAUAUCACGUUUCAUGAUCCAUUUUACUCUCUAAACACGCACCUAACUCUUUUCCUCGAGCACCUUGGCCUUCUUCCCUCCUUCAAGCUUCUUACACCUGGUUACUUAGAACAGGCUGCUCCCCAGUCUCCUGUCCCCGUCGUAACCAAGAAAUCUCUCUUCCCCAGCUAGGCUUAGCUUGCUCUGUGCUUUUUUUGAGUAAAAGCUUUUGUAGCUUCUGUGUAUGGGUGUGUGAAUGAGAGGAGAGGGGCUCUUUUUUAUCCUAGCGCUCUUCCGGACGCAAGGGGUUGGUUCCCUCCCCUUCUUGACCUGCGGGAUUUUACUGUACUGUCUUAAAACAAAACAAAAAACUGGAUACCAGCCGCCACAAGGCCCUUUGCUGUUUGGAGACUUGAUUUAUCAAGGUGUGUGGGGUUUAUUUUUGCCUUUGUGUAAAAAAAAAGGAGGGGGUCGCCUUGAAGGAGAGAGGAAAAAGUGUUCAUGGUGUGGCGGUCUUUUUUUUUUUUUUUUAAGCGGCCAGUGUGGAAAAAAUGAGGAACCAUAUCAAGUAUUUUGAUACUAAAAAAACUUGUCUUUUAUUGUCUGAUUUUUUUGGGAAAUAAUAAACAGAAGCAUUCCCUCCA